AUGCUAUCUUCGUUCAUUGGAGACAGUUUUGUUGGUCGAUUAGUUUAUCAUGCGUCCGGCCAUAAACUUUUCCGCUAUAAGGAAGAGAAUGAAAAUUAUACUGUACCAAACAAAUUCCUUCAUUUCAAGGCUGAAGCUAAUAAUGAAGAAGGUGUUAAAAAAGAUAAUAUAGAUCCGGUAAGUAUCAAAGAUGAAGCUAAUGAAGCUACUCUCAGCUCAUCCAAACUAGGAUGCAAUGAUUUGAUCAUUGUAGAUUGGGAAAGUUUGACAGAUCCGCAGAACCCUAAAAACUGGCCAUUAAAAUAUAAAAUUGCGAUUAUUCUGCAAGUUUGCUUUUUAAGUUGCUUCGUCUAUUUAGGGUCUGCCAUUUAUACGCCAGGAAUUGAUCAACUUAUGUUAGAUUUAAAUACUUCUUAUGUAUUGGCAAUACUACCCUUGACUAUGUUUGUUAUUGGGUAUGGGAUUGGGCCUAUGAUUUUUUCGCCUUUGUCAGAAAAUGCAGUAUUUGGAAGAACUUCUAUUUAUAUUGUUACUCUAUUUCUUUAUUGUGUUCUUCAAAUUCCUGUUGCCUUAGCAAAAGAUAUAACGAGCUUAAGCAUAUUGAGAUUUCUUUGUGGGAUAUUUGCGUCCCCUGCUCUCGCAACAGGGGGCGCAUCGAUUGCUGAUAUAUUAUACUUGCCAUACAUGCCACAUGGACUUGCAAUAUGGGGUUUUAGUUGCUUCUGCGGUAUUUCUUUAGGACCAUUCUUUGGCUCAAUUUUGGUUGUGAAAGAUGGUUGGAGAUGGACUUUCUGGUUUUCGCUUAUAUUAUCAGGGAUUUGUUUGAUUGUAUUAUCAUUGUUUCUACCAGAGACUUACGAUAAAACAAUAUUGUUUAGAAAGGCGAAGAUAUUGAGAGAAAUAACUGGCAAUAAAAAUAUUAUUAGCAAAGGUGAAAUCGAGAAUAAUGCACAUACUAAAAAAGAAUUAGUUGUGGAAAUUCUAUGGAGACCCUUUGAAGUGACUCUACUUGAGCCAGUUGUUCUCUUGAUUAACAUUUAUAUUUCAAUGGUUUACUCUGUAAUAUACAUUUGGUACGAAGCUUUUCCAAUAGUUUUUACACAAACCUACAAAUUUACAUUGGUUCAAACAGGGACAACUUAUUUUACUAUCAUGGUUGGUUCAUUAUUAGGAGCAAUAGCAUAUCUGACGAUUAUAUAUCAUACUUUCACAAAAUACCUCCUAGCUGAUAAAAGUGUUAAGCCAGAAAUAUUUUUAUUUUCUUCUAUAAUUGGUAGUGUGCUAAUGCCACUUGGAAUAUUCGUAUUUGGUUGGACAUCAAGGUCUGACUAUCACUGGGUUGGUCCAAUAUUUGGUGCUAUUAUAUUUGGAAUGAGCGCGUUAUUAAAUUUUCAAUCGCUACUUCAGUAUUUAGGGGUGUCUUUUCCUCGCUAUGUCGCAUCAGUGUUUGCUAGCAAUGACAUGUUUAGAUCUGUCAUUGCAGGGUGUUUUCCUUUAUUUGCUAGGCCAUUAUUUAAUAACCUAUCAAAUUCAUCUUAUCCUGUUGCAUGGGGUUGUACUGUAUUGGGAUUUAUUUCACUCUUAAUGAUUCUUAUUCCAGUUUUGUUCUAUAUCAACGGUCAUAAACUACGGGCAAAAUCUAAAUUUGCUGGAAGCUAG